AGUUUUAGCUCAGCCCGGCCUGGCCCCUCGCCCCGGUUGUCCUCGCACCAUGUGGCGCUUGGCACUUCUGCUGCUUUUGCCGCCGCUUCACAGGUCGGAAGAAUGCAGUUCCUUCUUACAGACGGCCGAGUCCAAGACCAUCGAGCCAGGUGAGGACACUCAGGGCCCUACAAGGAUCCCCUGUGUGAUCCACCAGGUGUGGCGCAAGGAUCUCCCGGAGGAUGCUCAACAAAAGGCCCUAGAGAGCUGGACUUCAAAGAAUCCCUUGUGUCGGCACAAGAUUUGGAAGGAGCAGGAGAUGGCGCAUUUUGUGCGAGAGAAGUCACCCGAUGUGGUUUGGCCCAUGUGGAUUGGGCUCUCAGCAUCAGAACGUGAAGAUGUCUUCCACUACCUUGUGGGAUUCGAAGAGGGGGGGUAUAUGGCCGACAGCGGCGUCACGUGUGAGAAGCCCAUUGAUCAGUUUCCUGUGCCCAAGAACGCGACGAUGAUCGUUGGCUAUGAGUUCGGCCACCGCUUCACCGAGGUGCAACGCAAGAAGGCCAACUUCGCUCGCACGGAGCAGUUCGCCAAGUACUUCUUCGCAUCGGCACCCGGCAAUCCUAUCCUGAAGCGUUGCUUGCAGCUGGUCAGGCAGAGGUACACAUGGAAAGUUCAGGCUCCCCAGGAUUUGACAGGCGCCGCUACCUUCAGUGAUGCAGUCCACGAGUUUCUGGACAAGAACACCCCAGAGGCAUUGGAACAUGAGAUUUCUAUCCGUCAAAACCGGCCCAGCUUGCAUUUUCUGAGCUACCCCAGUGAGAGGUUGUACGGCCAGGACGACUGGAAGCUUUGGAUCUUCGCUGCUGGACGCGUGAACGAAGCACCGCAGGUGGCCAAGGACGACCCUCCAGAGGCGCCCACACCUCUGUUGAUCGCGCGGAAUGCGGCACCGGCUCCGGCAGAGGCGGCAGAGCCGGAGGCGCCAUCGAAGUGAGGGGUGAGUGGCGGUGUAUACAUGUUCUGGGAAUCAAGCUUGGUUUACAUGUGCCACAAAUGUGGCGCCAAUUCUGAGCUUCUAAGAGCUUCGUGAGUGUGGG